CUGAGCUGUCAGAGACAGCAAGCGCAGACCUUGCUGAGUGAGCAGCUUGCUCUCCUAUGAACUGCGACACUCCCCCAGUCCUUUAAAGUUGCUUCAUUCUUCUUUAAAUGUUCAAUUGCAAGAAGCUGCUUUGGGAUUCCGAAGAAGGUUGCAAACGUCACUGACGACUGCGCAAAGUUGCAUCUGGCCAGCUACUUACUUGGGAAGCUGCAGUCACCACUUGCAGAGGGCAAGAAAAUAAGUCUUAUCUUUUCAGUGUUCUGUCAGCUGCAUUUGGAAAGCUCUAUGGACUUCCGUGAUGAGGAAUCAGCAAAUUCCUGCAAGUAGGGUGAAUGACUUGUCUGCAGGAAUAGGUGCUUCCUGCACAGAGCACGGGUCUCAAUUGUCUGUUGGCUCUGGACACCAAAUGAAGGGCCAGCCUCAUUUCAUCAAAAGGAGAGAUCCCAGUGACACAUGGACCAUGGACCAAGCACCUGACACCACAACAAACGUGUACACGUUCCGCACGCUGGACAACAGUAAACACAACGAUGAAGGCAGAUCCGUGAUUGCACAGCCCAUAUUUGUUUUCAAGAAGGAACGCCCUUGCAAGAGGCCUGCAGAAGACCCUGUGUGCAAGACUGAAAAAGUUUCCACUGGCUAUUCCAGAAAACGUGCAAGAUCGUCGUCUUUUUCUUUUCAAACUUCCGACUCCCAGUCAUACCGAGAAAAUGUGCUUUCCCCCAAAAGAGCAAGAUCAUCUUCGUUUAACAUCCUUCCAACAUUUCCACCACCCCAGCCAGUAAAGAAGAAUAACAUAUUCAUGACCUCAGCGCUACUACAAAAGAACACUGCUGUGAAAGAAACAGAAAAAGGUCUUCCUUCAACAAAUGUACAAUGGGAUGUUUUAAGGCCUGCCAUUUUACAACCUCCGCAUGUUCCUUUGCGCAAACCGGUAGAGAAGAUUGAGAUUGAAAAUGUCCUGGAGGAUAAACACGAAUCAGACAGUGAGGUAUCUGGAGACACCUGUUCGUGGGCAGAUGACUCAGAAAGGCCGCUUCCCUCUCUUCACAUUUCAGGCCUUCGAACAAUAAGCAACCAACUACCUGAAGGCACAACUUUCUCAACCAGUAGACAUUCUGACUUUGUGUUUGGAGAAAAUAUAGUAGAAAGAGUUUUGAGGCCAGUGAAAUCCCCAGAGCUGCAUUCUGGAAGUGACAACAAUGGGAAAAAACCCACGUCUCCUAUAGGUUUUCAUACCAGGUGUCCACAGACAGCGCCAUUUUUUGCCAAGGAUACAACACUAGUUGAAUCAGCUGCUGCUUAUGUAUCUAGCAAACCGACACAAAGAUAUUUAUUAGAUAAAGUUGAAGUUACUACAGGAGAAGAAGCAGAGCACAAUGUCUUACAGAUCAAUUGCAGGCUCUUUUUAUUUAAUAAAGUAUCAUCAUCCUGGACUGAAAGAGGCAGUGGCUCUCUGAGACUUAAUGAUACAUCUAGCAAUCAGUGUGGAAUGCUGCAGUCAAGACUGAUAAUGCGAAAUCAAGGGAGCAUGAGGCUCAUUCUUAACACCAAACUUUGGACUCAGAUGGUCAUAGAAAGAGCAAACCGGAAGAGUCUGUGCAUCACGGCUACAGAUUUGGAGGACUGUUGUGUCAAGGUGUUUCUAAUACAGGCAAGCUCAAAGGAUGCUGCUUCUCUAUACGCAGCAAUCCACCACCGCCUUGUUGCAAUGAGGAGCUUUGCUGAUCAGGAAUGUGAUGUAAACCACGUGGAGCAAGAGCCAGAUAUUCAACCACUGAAUUGUGACAGUGAUGAGGACGAGAAUGAAAAGAUAACUCAAGCGAGCAACAGCAAAUCAGAUCAUUCUGAGUGGAUUCGCCAACAGCCUGUGGUCUGUUCGUGACAACUUGCUACCUCCAAUCAAAGUAAAAAAAAAA